CUCACUCGUCCCAGCCAAAAGGAGACCACGUGUAUAUCUUUGUGAACUUAAAUAGAGAAGUAUCACACACAAUCCACUCACCCCUUUGAAGCAGAGAGAGAGAGAGAGAGAGAGAGAGAGACUCACAGUUGGGUCUUGCAAAAUCUCUCUCUAUCAAUGGGGAGAAGCCCUUGUUGUGCCAAGGAGGGCCUGAACAGAGGAGCUUGGACAGCUCUUGAAGAUAAAAUCCUUACAGACUACAUUAAAAUCCAUGGUGAAGGGAAAUGGAGAAACCUUCCCAAGAAAGCAGGUCUGAAGAGAUGUGGAAAGAGCUGUAGGCUUCGGUGGUUGAAUUAUUUAAGACCAGAUAUAAAGAGAGGGAACAUAACCCAUGAUGAAGAGGAGCUCAUCAUCAGACUUCACAAGCUCUUGGGAAACAGAUGGUCAUUGAUAGCCGGAAGGCUUCCAGGGCGAACAGACAAUGAAAUCAAGAACUACUGGAAUACCAAUUUAGGAAAGAAGGUACAGGGCCAACCCUCAAUCACCAGUUUGUCUCCCAAGCAACCCUGCAACUCUAAAGACAAGAAGAAGAAGCCAUCUAUGAAGGAAUCACCACCACUACCAACUUCUCCCAAGGGAGAGUCACGCGUGGUCCGGACCAAGGCAUUGAGGUGUACCAAAGUUUUCUUAACACCUCAACAAGUUACAGAAACUCAAUCCCAAUUCAACAAUCAUGUAGGAUCUGAAGAAGAGAGGUCAUCGAUAUCUUCAGAUUUAAUGAUGGACUUAAAUGACCUAAAUGUGGGAGAAUUCUGCUUCUCUGAUCUUCUUCUUGACUCCGAAUUUUCGCAGUUCUGUCAUUUUGAUGAUGAGAAUGGUAAAGGAAGAGAGGGUUGCAAUGACAAUGGCAACCAAAAAAACAACAAUGGUGAGAACAGCAAGAAAGAUCACUUUUCUCCUUCUUCUGAUGAACAUCUGCUAUACCCAGAAGAAAUGCUGGAGAAUUGGACAGGAAACAAUUGUGUUCAACCAGAUAUUGUCUCUGAUCUCAAGUCUUUGGCUUCUUUUCUUGAUGCUGAUGAUGAGUGGUUAGGAUCAGAACAAUGACAAACUUAUUAAAAGACUAUAGUUUUAUUAGUCUCUCUUAAUUAGUUACUUAAUUACAUACUUCAACUGCCCCAGCUAGCCCAAGUCCAAAGGUUUCUAAGUCUAGAGUCUUUAGAAUCUGGUGUCUUGGUUGUAUAAUUCUACUUACAAGGUCAUAUAUGCUUUCUUCUGUGUAAUAUGAAUAAAGUAACAGCCACCACCCCUAAUUAGCAUCCUUAGUGUGGAGAACCUUUUAACUUUCUAGGAUGAUAUUUCUCUUUCACUGUGUCAUGGACUCAUGGUCUGGUACUGAUCUGACUUAAUUUAUGGUAAAAUAAUGAAAGAGUAACUCUGUUUAUUUAUUGACCA